AUGGUGGUGUAGUGGUGGUGUAGUGCUGCUGCUAAUGGUGGUGUAGUGGUGGUGUAGUGCUGCUGCUAAUGGUGGUGUAGUGGUGGUGUAGUGCUGCUGCUGAUGGUGGUAUAGUGGUGGUGUAGUGCUGCUGCUAAUGGUGGUGUAGUGGUGGUGUAGUGCUGCUGCUGCUUUGGUGGUGAUGUAGCUGUGCUGCUGCUGCUGCCGCUCGGUCUUUGGGAGCUUCUGGAAGAGGUGCCCCCCCUCCUCCCCGUCUCCCACGCAGGCUGCUCCUGCUGCUGCUCUUCCUGCUGCCUACUGCUGCAGAGGCGGCGGCGCGCCCCCCGCGCCCCCCACGCUCCCGUAUCCCGGGGCCCCCCGCGACCCCAGCGGAGCGGCGAGCAGCACGAGGGGAGCGGGGCCCCCCACUGCUCGGUGAGAGGGCGGUGGGCACGGGGCCACCCUCACCACCACCACGACCACGACGCCGCGAUGGUGGCAAGCACAAGCACGCUGAGUAUCAGUCCGACAGAAGAGACCGUUUUGUCAUCAAGACGCCUGCCAGCGGUGGCGGUGCUAGAGGAAAUGUGUUUGGAACGUUCACGUUCAGAGCAGAGACGGGGAGGACAUCUCAAUCUCACUACUACUGCCUUGGGCGUCUAGAGCCACAGAAGCCUCCCACCGGUGCGACCAGGCACAGCGGUGGCCGACGCGCCCGGCACGGAGUCCCCAUGUCGAGCCGCAACACCUCCCCUGCCUCCUCGCCCAGGAAAACGCCCCAAGUUCCCAUCAAAGGCUCCCCAAAGCGCAAGGUGUCGGCCGGCGCUCAGCUGGGUCUGGAUGCCCUCCCCGGAGGGACCCCCAAGCGCCUGUCUGUCCCAGAGGUGUCCCGCUCGGCUCCGGGGCCCGGAUCGGCCGAGUGCUGCAGCGCCGGAGCGUGCAGGAGCUGUGACACCAGCCCCAACUUCAGCCGCCGGUGGAAGUACCUGUCGUGCAGCGAGAACCAUGGAGUGCGCACGCCCGCCCCCGAGCAGUACCUCACUCCCCUGCAGCAGAAGGAGGUCGCCAUCCGCCACCUGCGCUCGCAGCUGCGGGACACGCAGGGUCAGCUGGACGACAGGGAGAGUGAAGUGGAAGAGAUGAGGCUGCGGAUGCUGCGCAUGCGGGAGGACUGGGUGGACGGGGAGUGCCACCGCAUGGAGGCCCAGCACGCCCUCAAGGACGCCAAGCGGGAGAUACGGCAGCUCAAGUCGCUGGUCGACCUCAUGAAGAGCAGCCUCUCCGGCAAGGAGAGGAGCGUGCAGAAGUACUUCAUCGACAUCAACAUUAACCAGAAGCGGCGGCUGGAGAGCAUCUUCCACUGCAUGGAGGUGGCGCAGAGCACGGCCGCUCAUGGGGAAGCUCAGGCCGCCUCGUCGACGCCCUGCUCCCCCAAGAGGGCGCUGCCUCGGAGGUCCACAUACACGAAGCUCUCGGACAGCGCGUGCGUGGGCGCGCCGUGCGGUGGCCGGCAGGCGGCAGGAGGGGUGGUACUCGUGACGGACCGUGCCAUGUGGACCGGGGACGACGACUACGACGACGUCGAUGAGCGGCUCGCCGUCCUGGACACCGGCUCCACGGAGGGCUCGGACGACAUCGUUUUUGAAAGUUUGGUAAACUGCCGUGAACCGUUUGCCGUUCCAGCGAUAGCAUGUGGCCCCGCCGCAAGUCCCCUUUCUGGGAUGGUGGUCCGAGAGCGUCUGAGCAGUGCGGAGAUGGUCAUCUGUUUGGAGCGGGCAGUUCAAACGGACGAAGAAAUUUACGAAACACUUGGGCCCCAAGAUGUGACGUGGCACACAAACGGUGGUGCGUUCGGAGAUGACGCCUCCCGCCGUUCAUCGGCAGGACACGAUUGCUACCACUUGGAAAAAAGGGGUGACAUGAACACGGCAGAAAAUAACAGCCUGGAGAUGGGGCAGGUGUGCCAGCAACAGAAGUGGACAACGUCCGAAAGCAUUAGUCGCUUGGCGGAAUCUAAACUUGAGGCAGUCAUACAGAAAAUUGACGAAGUGUUCAAGCGUGAGAGCAAAUCAAGGCAUGCAUCGCAGUCGGACGCCAUCGAGAAGACGCAAGAAACUAAAGAAAUUAACUGCAAUCACAACGAUCGGGAAUGUGAAGAAGCGCAGCCAGACAAUGCGUGCCUCACGAGAUCCCCCUUAUCGGACGAGAAGCUGGCGUCUAACGACACUACCGAGGAGUUCACCGCCCCUUGCAGGUCCUACAGCAGGGGCACCAUGGGCAGGAGCUGCAGCCUGAACAACAUGGAGCGGUCCAGCCCCGAGCUGCGGCCCACGCGACCCGACCACGUGUGCCUGGAUGUGAACGCGUACGCCAGCGCGCUGCCCUCGGACAGCCCCGACGGCGGAACGCUCGACUCCAUGGAGGAGGACGACGCCGCCGCCGCCGGCGCCCCUUCCUCCGAGCCGACGGCGGGCCGGGCCUACUGGAGUCGCCACCUCCUGCUGGACACGCUGGCCAUCGCCGGGCCCAUGCUGCCGGCCGUCGCCUGGCUCCUCGGCAGUAACCGCGGGCGCGGGAUGCCCUUCUUCAACCUGCCGGGGCUACUGCGCGGCUGCUGCGUGCUGGCGCUCACCACGCUGCGCUCCGUGCCCCAGUCGCUGCUGUCGCCCAUCUGUCACUGCGCCCGCCCGAAGCCUCCCGACGUGGGCAACUUGGAGCAGCCGCUGUGAGUCGGGGGGCUUGUGCGGUGCGAGUGGUGGGCAGGCCAUCGGCCGGUUGGUGUUCGUCUGCAGGCCAUUGGGAGCUAUGCAGCAGCACUUUGCCUAAUCUUAGACCUCCGUAUGAGUCGAGUGAGAAUGUGAUACUAAUGUAAAUGCAUUUUGUGUUAUGAUUUUUGUUAAUCUUAUUAAAAACACCUCCAGUUGACAAUAUCCUAAAAUAUUAAUUAAAAAACAAGUCCAACCGUUGUUAAAUGUAGCAAGUUUUAAUAACCAGGGACGUGCGGUCAGGGGAGGCAGGGGAGGCAGAGCCUCACCUGCCAUACUUCAAUGAAAAUAGCUGUUACGAAAAGUAAAAAAAAAGAAUAAAAUAAAUAUUAAGAUUUUUCCACUGAUCUGUGUUAUAAAUGUCAUUUCUGUACGAUUCCAAUCAUUUUUAUAGUCAAAAUCGCCAAAUUUGCGGAGUUCCGCUGCAAAUACAGGAAGAGACGAGAGGUGAGGCAGCGACGAGCUCAGCCUCCCCUCUGAUUGUGCAACCCCUCAGUAACUGGAUGGAGCGCGGGCAAUAAACGCGUGCCUGUUACUAUCUCAGUAUGUCACCAAUGUAAUGUUUGUAGACCCCUUCAUUUCAUGUCCUCGUCUUCCAUACUCCAGUUAACUUAUUUCACGUAUGUGUAUAAAGAUAUUUAGGCUCGCUGGUCUCGUCAUGAAACUGCAAUGAAAAAGCACCAGGGGAGGCAGCUAUCACAUCUGCCUCACUGUGGGGGACGUGUCUAACACAUCCCCUCAGUGAGGCCACUCCCCCCUCAGUGUGUGAAUCUGGCUCUGACACUAGCCAGUGCCUCUCCAGCCAUUGACCUCACCGCACGUCACUGUUAAUAACGUGGAUAAAAGUUACAAGUUUGCAUUUUAUUAUGCAGGACCUAAAUUAUACUGCUAGCAAGGUAUACGACCUUGAUUUCACUCGAUGUCAAAAACUGCAUUGGUCCAUCUGUGUGCCUAUGGAUCACGAGCCGCUGGCUUAAUCUGCAGGUAAACACGCACGGUUUUGCUUUCUGCAUAUUUGUUCCCUCCUCAAAAUGUGCAACAGCUUUUGUGUCAAACGCAGCAAACCUCGUUGACGAUGUGUUUUUGUAGCACAUCUUCACUGCAGCAGGACCCUAAUGUUGUUCAUCUUCCGUGGUAUGGGGUAACCAUAGCGUGGAUCCCGUAUUCCGCGGAAAAUUAGUUUGCACCGCCGCCGUGUGCCGUGGGUCACGAGAGGAAUCGGCCGCACGACUCCAUUGAUCCGCACUACAGGUAGACCGCGCUUAGCGCGACCCCGUCGAACACCGAUUCGUUAUUGCUGCUUCUUGUCCUCCAAAUUUUUUUCCAUAAAAAAUAUAAGAAUCAAAACAUAAAGUACUUACGAGUGAGAGCACGCGGUUACGUACCCGCCAAUGAAAGUGACGCAAGCUGGGCCAACCAGACCCCCCACCCCCCAUUGAUUUGAUUAUCGCGAUUCGUAGUCACGAUUACAUAUGAAGUACCCGUCGAGGACGCUUGACAACGGAGUUGAGGCACACGUAUAUUUAUUUAACAAGUUGCCAGUACAGGACAGCCCUAGAGGGGGUAGCGGCCCCCUCACCCGUAUAACUCAGGGAAUACCCCUAGCUAUCCAUAGCCUAUCCCCUGAGUCCUCCACUAAGAGCUAGGGGAGGCUGUCUGGCCCGACACUGGUAAUCGGGCUCGGUACCCGGAGUCCCAGAGCACUGGCUCUGGUUCACGGGACCACGCCACUGGCUCGAGCCUGAUCCCGUGGGGCCCUGAUAAGGGCGGCGAUCAGGGGGAGUCCAGGGCUCUAGCUACGACGUCUUCCGACUUCUUAGCUUAACUAUAACAUAACUGACUAAGCCCAUAUAACGACCCCUUUUUAUACCCAACCCUCCUUGAGGGGUGGGGCCCCGGGGGAUCGUAACGCCGAACCAGCCCCCCCCCAGGGUGUCUGGCUCGGACGUCGCAGAGGGCAUCUCCCUGUGCACACACGUAGCCCCGCCCACUGUGUUUCUUUCCCAUAGGCUGCCAUGCAUAACGGCCCUCUCUCCAACGUCCCUACAUCACUCCCCCCCCGCAUAGCUCGCAGCCGU